AUGCCUCCCCUCAAGCUCAACGCCCGCAACCUCCCUCAGAUCCUGGCCGCUGGCCGCAACAUCCGGGGCCCGACCUACCGGCGCAAUGGCGCCGUCAAGGAGGGAAUCGUCCACAUUGGUGUCGGCGGCUUCCACCGCGCCCAUCUGGCCGUCUACAUGGACAAGCUCCUGCAGCAGCAAAAGGCCAACGAGUACGCCAUCUGCGGCGUCGGCCUCACCCCGUUUGACUCCAAGAUGCGCGACGCCCUCGCCUCGCAGGACCACCUCUACACCGUCAUCGAGCGCUCCGGCAAGGGCAGCCUCGCCCACGUCGUCGGCAGCAUCAACAGCUACCUGUUCGCCCCCGAGAACCGCGAAGCCGUCAUCGCCAAAAUGGCCCACCACGACACCAAGAUCGUCUCCCUCACAAUCACCGAGAGCGGAUACUACUACAAUGAAAACACACACGAGCUCCAGGCCGAGCACCCGGAUAUCCAGUUCGAUCUGAACCCGGCCAACGAGAAAUCCCCGCGCACCACUUUCGGUUUCCUCUACGCCGCCCUCGCCCGCCGCCGCCAGCAAGGGCUCCGCCCCUUCACCGUCCUCUCCUGCGACAACAUGCAGAAGAACGGCUCCAUCACCCGCCACAUGCUCGAAUCCUUUGCCCGCCUCCGAAACCCUCAAGUCGCCACCUGGAUCGCCGAGCAGGGCGCCUUCCCCAACUCCAUGGUCGACCGCAUCACACCCCAAACCGCACCCGCAGACAUCAAGACCCUCGCGGACGACUUUGGCAUCGAGGACGCCUGGCCCGUCGUCACCGAGCCCUUCAUGGACUGGGUGGUCGAAGACCACUUCUCCGACGGGCGCCCGGAAUUCGAAAGCGCCGGCGUCAAGGUCGUCAAGAACGUGCACGACGUCGAACAGUUCGAGAAGCACAAGCUCCGCCUGCUGAAUGGCAGCCACAGCGCGAUCGGAUACCCGGGCCAACUGGCCGGCUUCAAGUACGUCCACGAAGUCCUCGAGAACCCGCUUUUCCGCAAGUUCCUCGUCCAGAUGAUGCACGAGGAAGUCAAGCCCCUCCUCCCCAUGAUCCCGGGCGUCAGCAUUGACGAAUACUGCAACACACUCAUCGAGCGCUUCGAGAACCCCACAAUCAAGGACCAGCUGCCUCGCAUCUGCCUCAACGCCUCCGGCAAAAUCCCACAGUUCAUCAUGCCCUCUAUCGCGGAGGCGAUCUGGGAGACGAAGCCGUUCAAGCGAUUGUGUUUCGUCGCCGCCGCGUGGUUCCGCUACAUUAAUGGGAUCGACGACAGCGGCGCCAAGUUCGAGGUUGAUGAUCCCAUGCGCGAGGAGUUGCAGGCCAAGGCUCGCGCGGGUGGCUCCGACCCCUCGCCGCUGCUGAGCAUCAAGACGCUGUUUGGCGAUGAUCUUCGCGGCGAUAAGCGGUUCCUUCAGGAGAUUACAAAGGCGAUGCAGGCCAUCGAGCGCGAUGGGAUUAUGAAGACGCUUCCCAAGUACAUUGACUAA